UAUUUCAAUGCUGGUUUAUCAUCUAUAAAUACAUUCUCGGUUUAUAGAUCUUGUAUACUCCGAUCAACCUUAUAGUUGUGCAAGAUGGUUUCUCGAGUUUUGCUUUGUUUUCUGUUUGCAGUUGCCACUGCAUCUGUGGAUUGUAACUUGGAAGGGGAUAUUCUUUAUUCCUGGAAAACCAUGUUGGUCGACCCUAACAAUGUUCUUGCUAGCUGGAACCUGACAUUCCCCAAUCCAUGCUCUUGGUUCCAUGUUACCUGCAAUAACGAAAACAUCGUUACAAGGCUGGACCUUGGCAAUGCUGGAUUAUUAGGACCUAUUAUCCCUGCGCUUGCAAAUUUGACUAACCUCCAAUACUUGGAGCUAUACCAGAACAAAUUUAAUGGAUCUAUUCCAUCGGAACUUGGUCACUUAAAAGACCUAGUCAGCUUGGACUUGUACUGGAACCAACUCUCGGGUUCAAUUCCAGAGACAUUAGGUCACUUGAAUUCAUUGAGAUUUUUGAGGGUCUUUCGCAAUAAUCUAACUGGACCUAUUCCUUGGUCUCUUGGCAAUUUGACAAGUUUACAAAUCCUGAAAUUAAACAAGAACCGUCUAACUGGUGCUUUACCAGUAGAGGUCAUUGAACUCGUUCGUUUUGGCAACUUGGGCGUUUUGGAUGUCUCAAACAAUUUGUUGGCAGGAACCGUACACCCCACCAAUUCAACAGGUUUUGCAGUUACAAAAGUCAUACAAGAUCCGAAAGCUCGGAACUAAGCCAGAAGAAUUAGAAGAAGAAGAAGAUAUUGUAUACUAGUUCUAUUAAAUAAAAGAGAAUGAAAAUGGGACUCCUAAAUCCCAAGAAACUUGAAUACAUCUUUCUACAUGUCAAUAAGCGAAUAUACAUACAGUAUAUACAAGUACAUACAGUAUAUAUACUAUACAUGUACACAUAUAUUCGACAAUAUCAGAUCUGAGUAGGGAAAAGGUCAAAAUUAAGCAGCGGGAAGCUAAUUGCUUGUCUUUCCUUCAUCAUCACCAUCAACAUGUCAGUCCCUCAGUCGAUAUGUACUAAUAAUAUUCAAUCUAUAAAGAUCCUUUUUGACCCUUAA